UAAUCCUGUGUCUCUGCGACGUGACUCAAGAUGAGAAUUAAUUUGCUAGAACCAGACACCGGUGCUGUGCCGGUGACCCUGAUGCCAGAGGAUGGGGAGGGAAGGUCUUCAAGGCAGGACGUCAGAGACAGCUCCGAGCGCGCCUGCUCUCCUUCCCCUCAGCAAGGACCAGGAAUGUGCUCCCUCCCCAUGGCAAGAUACUACAUAGUUAAGGAUGCAGACCAGAAGGCGCUCUACACGAGAGAUGGCCAGCUCCUGGCGGGAGACCCCAGAGCCGACGGUGGCUGUGCGGAGAAGAUCUGUGUACUCCCCAAGAGGGCCCUGGACCGAGCCAAGUUCCCCAUCCUCCUGGGAGUCCAGGGGGGGAGCCGCUGCCUGGCAUGCGUGGAGACCGAGGAGGGGCCUUCCCUGCAGCUGGAGGACGUGAGCAUCGAGGACCUGUACCGGGGCGGCGAGCAGGCCGAGCGCUUCACCUUCCUGCAGAGCAGCGCGGGCUGCGCCUUCCGGCUGGAGGCAGCCGCCUGGCCCGGCUGGUUCCUCUGCAGCCCGGCCUCGGCCCACCAGCCCGUGCGGCUCAGCUGGGAGCCCGAGCCCUCGGCCUGCACCGAGUUCCACUUCGAGCAGAGUCGGUAGGGCAGGGCCAGGGUCCCGCCCGGUGCCCAGAGCCGCUCAGAGCUGGGUGGUCCACACGGAGGCGACCACGCCGAGGCCGGCGACACGGAGAAGA